GAAAAGGAGAUGGAUCCGGCCGAUAUAGGGAAGCAUCCGGACCUGAUAAAAAAGGCCCAGGCCGAAAUUUCGCACUGCGAUGUGCUGGUGUGCGGCCGGUGCCAUUCCGUGUUCCAUCUGAUCGAACUGUUCCGCGAGCACAAAGAGAAUGAACCGGACUGUAAGCGAACGUCCACGCUGCACAAUUGUGACGAAGCGCAGGCGAAGGUGUGGGCUUUCCUGCUGUGGAAAUCGGCCCAGCGUCCGGCGACCGGCGAAGAAAAGAAUGCCGGCGGAAGCAACUCAUGGAAGCUCUACCAGACGUGGGUAAAGUUGGAAGAAUCCGUCCGUGACACAUGGAUCGUUGCGGGCAAAACAAUCCAAUCGUUCUCGAAGACCGGGUCCGGAAGUCUGCAGGAAAUGCCAGUGAAAAUUACCAAAACGAUUCUUGAGCCACAACCCGAAGCGCAGGAUAAAUCAAAUGUUCCAAACCGCUUCACACCAGCGGUGCGCAAGGUGGGAGACACUAAACCGAACACCCCCGGCAAUACGGUGGAUACGAAAAAUCGUAUCGUUGUCGGUGCACAAAUGGGUGCCGUGAAGAAAGCGGACGGCACGGUCGUAAAAACAGGCACCGCUGCCACGCCUGUCGCGGCAAGACGCUCUUUUGCAACGCGUACCCAUCCCAAGACGGGAGCGUGCUCCGAGGAAGAGGUGGAAAAAAUCCUAGCCAAACGUUUCAGCCCGAUCAUCAAGAUGCACGAGUACCUGGUGAAAUGGACCAAGUGGUCGAACGAUCAAAACACCUGGGAACCGCUGACCCAUCUGCACUCCUGCCAGAGCAUUCUAGAGCAUUUCGAGGUGCAGCUGGCCAAACAGAAGGAGCAGCGCGCAGCAACGGCGGCCCGUGUGCUUCAGCAGCAACGCCAGGAAAAGGGAGUAAGCGGUGCGGCUACUACAACCGGAACCACAAGCUCCGGGACGACGAGCACCACUACCACCACCGCGGCCGGGGCCUCUUCGGCAGCCGCCGGUACCAUGUCUUCGGCAGCGGCCGCAGCAAAUCAGCUUCGUCCCGUGCGCAACUCGAAGGCAAGCGCUCUCGACCGUGUGAAGCAGUGGACCGCUGGUAAUCGAUCGCCGGGUGAUGGGCCGGAAGAUGUAGCACAGGCGGGAAAGCGCAAGCUGGAUGAAGGUGAAACCGAUGGGGCCGGCACGGGUAACGAUGCUGAUGCGCCGGACGCCGUAAAAAAGCUCCGCACCGAAUCCAGUUCCGCCGUGAGCGAUGCCCUGACGAAGGUGUCGCAGAGCGGAAACGUGAAGAUAAUGUCCGUUUCGACCGCAUCCGGAUCGUCUGGCAUCAGCAAAACGGCAGUGAACGGAACAGUGGCAUCGGCCAAGGAUGGUAGCUCAGCGGAUGUCGUUAUCAUAAAAUCACCCAAAGACGGUAUCGCCAGCGGUAUUAGCAAAAAGUCGCCCGGUGUAGUGGUGGGCAGCAGUAUCACCACGCGACUGUCGCCGCGCAGCGAAGCGGCCAAGGUAAAGAUCGUCUCCAAGUCGGAAAUGGGUGGAGGUGUGCACGGAAUUUUCAAAAUCAAAACCGAUCCGACCGGUUCUUCCCCACAGAGCUCCCCGGUGACGAAAGUGGUGACGUCAAGCGCGGGCGGCUCAGCACCUCCCUCGCGCCCCAUUACUAUCCCCAACACCACGACGACUGACUCAUCCGGUGUGACGACACGCAUCAUACGCCGAAACAUCGACGGUACGGAACAGCUGAUCAAACAGACUAUCCGCAAAACUCCGAAGUUGGUGCCGUUUUCACCUGGCUCACAGCAGCGUCCCGGUGGUGCCGCGAUAGGGAUCACCAAAACGGGUACUGCGGGUUCACCAGCAACACCCGUACCUAAAAUAACUACUUCGUCCGCUAUCGGUCAGCAACGUACGUUAUCUGGGCCACGGGUCAUCUCCACCACCCAGCAAAAGCCAGCCGUCAGUCGGGUAGUAACCUCCGCUUCCGGCACACCCGGUGGUACGGUGAUGCGGACGUCAACGGUCACUCGUACACCCGUGGGACCCGCAUCGUCCGAGCAGAAAAUUAAUGCCCUACGCCGACAAGGGGUAAACGUCGUGAAACGCGUCAUCACAACGAGCACAACGCCCGGUCCCAAAAAGGCGGCCAAUGAGGAGGAAGAGAGUGAGGCGGAUGGUUUCUCAUCGAACAUUUCGCUGCCUGCCCCACCGAGCCCACCGAGAGCAAUGACGCUUUGUCCGGUGACGGGUAAGGUGUUGGCCCAGGCGGAAGGUGAACCUACACCCGUACCAAGCCCCGAAGCGGAACCCGAGGAGAAGAAAUUGGAUGUGAAACAGGAAGGCGAACAGAACAGCGCAGAAGGGGAACAGAUGGUAGUGGCUAGCGGAGAGCAGACUGACACGCAAGUACAACAACUGCUGACAAACGAGGACGGUACCGCCAUCAUUGUAGCGGGCGAGGACGGCACACUGUAUCAGGUGGCCGGUAAGAAUGCCGAAGGCCAAACCAUACUGAUUACCCAUAAUUCCGACGGAGAACAGAGCUGUGUGCUGGUCGCAUCGCAGGAAGGCGAAGAGGAAGCAGCGGGCGGUACGGGCGGUGUCUUAACGCUGGAUGCGGCCGUUUCGGAAGCCGUUGCUGUUCCACAGGAGGGACAGGAGAUGACAGAAGAGCAGGCAGCGCAGUAUCAACAGUCCGUCGAUACUAACCAGGAGUUGACGAUCUCUACCGAAGAUUCACAGGACACGCAAAUAACCGCAGAAGUAGUACAAGCCGAUCAACCAUCGCCCGGUGGUACCCGCCGGGUAGUCCUACUACUCCCCGAUGGAAGCUUCAUGAUGACGGAGGUUAACGACGAGCAGUACCAAUCGUUGAAUCUGGUCAACUAA